GUUGCCUACAGGCGUGUGCGUGUGCGCUGCUCCCCGCUUACCAGCCUGUAUGCCUUUAAAUGGCGUGUGCUGGUGCCGAGUAGAGGGCGGACCCGGGUGGCGCGCGUGUGCGCGUUUGUAUGUGUGUACGUGUAUGUGCCCCUAUCGCCUGCAGCCGCUGCAAGUCGCACCGAGCGAACAGCGGCUUUUGUGGGUAUGAUGCGCCGUGGUCGACGCACCUGUGAGGAACGAUAAACCCAGCCCGGUACCGCCUGGCGCUCACCGCCCCGCCACUCCACAUCAGCACCGUCACCACCGGACACACUGCUGCUUUGAACAGAAUUUUGGAUUUAAAAAAAAAAAAGAAAAGAAAAGAAAAAAGAAAAACUACGGCUCCGUGGAGUUUACAGCUGGAUUUUAGCAGUUGGCUACUCUUGGAGGUCUGUUUAACUAAGUGAUGGAACUGAGAGAGACCAGCGGAUCACUUGCCAGCUCCAUUUCCUACUGGACAAAAUGAAGGAGGAAAUUCCACUCGCCGUGAUAUCCAGAGAAGUCCAUUCCAUCAGACCUUAAGCCACAAGUCCUGAUUUUAUCUGCCCUGAAGAGUAGAAAAACAUUUUAAAACGUCUCCUCCUUCUCCUGUUGUCGGCCCACUCUUUAACGCUUACACGGAAAACAACAAUUUUUACGAUCACUGCCCUGAAGCUACUGGACAAUUUAUUGUGAUUUACCUGUUUAAGACUGUUAACCACAACGACUGUUCUCCUACUAUUACCCUUUUCCCUUUAAAAAAAUAUUUUUUAUAAGAAAUAUAUAUAUAUGUAUAUGAAUAUAUAUCCAUGCACAAAUUGUGGAUGAAACUGUGGAUUCUCUGGAAUUCCAACAAAGCAACCUAAGAUUUCCAUCUGAUUGAAUUCCCCUCAGAGAAGACUUUCUUGGAAUAACACAUUCUUUGCAGCUAUGGAUCUUGUAGGUUUUUCUAUCAGGCUGCAAGUGUUCCUCAGCACAUGUCUGGGAUUGGAAUUUUUAGGUACACCAGGUCAGUGGGCACGCUACCUCCGCUGGGAUGCCAGCACCCGUGGCGACCUCAGCUUCCAGUUUAAGACAGAGGCCUCAGAGGCGCUGCUGCUGUACUUUGAUGAUGGAGGUUACUGUGACUUUCUGCAGCUCUCCGUGGUGGAGGGCCGACUGCAGCUACGCUUCAGCAUCGACUGUGCUGAGACCACCAUUGUGUCUGACAAGCGGGUAGAUGAUGGCAGCUGGCACUUUGCCACUCUGAGCAGGUACAACCUGCGCACAGUGCUGGUACUGGAUGGCCAGGCCAAAGCAGAUGAAGUGCAGCCUCAGCGCCAAUUCAUGAAAAUAGUCAGCGACCUGUUCCUGGGUGGAGUGCCUCAGGAUAUCCGCAAUGGUGCACUUACAUUGCCUACAGUGCGAAACAUGCAGCCCUUCAGGGGCACAAUUACAGACCUCAAAUAUGGCAUCUCACAGCCCCUGUUCCUGGGAAGCCUUAAGGUGCCCCUGGAGUCAGAAGGGUGGUGCACCAUGAACCCAUGUGAGAAUGGUGGUACGUGCACGGUGGUGGAUGGAGAGCCCUUCUGCGACUGCUCUAAAACAGAAUACAAGGGCCGCUUCUGCAGUGAAGAGGUCAGCAACAAUAUGCCAGGCUUUGCACAUAUGAUGGCAGAACAAGCUAAAAGCAAAGCAAGGGAAGAGAAUGUGGCCACUUUCCGAGGCUCGGAGUACUUCUGCUACGAUCUCUCCCAAAACCCCAUCCAGAGCAGCAGCGACGAGAUUACUCUCUCCUUCAAGACGUGGCAGCGCAACGGCCUUAUUCUUCACACAGGAAAGUCAGCUGACUAUGUGAACCUGGCCCUGAAGGAUGGAGCAGUCUCCCUUGUUAUCAACCUGGGCUCUGGUGCCUUUGAAGCUAUUGUGGAGCCAGUCACUGGGAAGUUCAAUGACAACUCAUGGCAUGAUGUCAAAGUGACCCGUAACCUCCGGCAGGUGACAAUAUCUGUGGAUGGGAUCCUGACCACUACGGGUUACACCCAGGAAGACUACACCAUGCUGGGCUCUGAUGACUUCUUCUAUGUGGGUGGAAGCCCAAGCACAGCUGACCUGCCUGGAUCUCCUGUCAGCAACAACUUCAUGGGCUGUCUCAAGGAGAUUGUGUAUAAGAACAAUGACAUCCGUCUUGAGUUGUCCCGCCUGGCUCGAAUUGUGGACCCCAAGAUGAAGAUCCAGGGCGAGGUAUCUUACAAGUGUGAGAAUGUGGCCACACUGGACCCCAUAUCUUUCGAGACCCCUGAGGCAUACAUCAGUCUCCCCAAGUGGAACACCAAGCGCAUGGGGUCCAUCUCUUUCGAUUUUCGCACAACAGAACCCAACGGCCUCAUCCUCUUCACCCAUGGCAAACCCCAGGAGCGCAAAGAUGCUGCCCGCAGCCAGAAGAACACUAAGGUGGAUUUCUUUGCAGUGGAGCUGUUGGAUGGUAGCCUGUACCUGCUGUUGGACAUGGGCUCAGGCACUAUCAAGGUGAAAGCCACCCAGACAAAGGUGAAUGAUGGGGCCUGGUACCAUGUGGACAUCCAGAGAGAUGGACGCUCAGGCACAAUCUCAGUAAACAGCAGGAGGACACCAUUCACAGCCAGUGGCGAGAAUGAGAUCCUGGACCUAGAGGGUGAUAUGUAUUUGGGGGGGCUUCCAACUGACCGCACUAACCUCAUCCUGCCCACUGAGCUCUGGACAGCAAUGCUCAACUACGGCUAUGUGGGCUGCAUCCGCGAUCUUUUCAUUGACGGUCAAAGCAAGGACAUCCGUCAGAUUGCGGAGGCACAAAAUGGUGCUGGCAUCAAACCCUCCUGUAACAAACAACCGGGCAAGCAGUGUGAGAGCUACCCAUGCAAGAACCGAGGUGUCUGCAAAGAAGGCUGGAAUCGAUUCAUCUGCGACUGCACUGGCACUGGCUACUGGUCACGCACUUGUGAGAGAGAGGCCUCCAUCCUCUCCUAUGACGGCAGCAUGUAUAUGAAGGUGGUGAUGCCAACCAUCAUGCACACUGAGGCGGAGGACGUGUCCCUGCGUUUUCGCUCCCAGCGGGCGUACGGCCUCCUCAUGGCCACCACCUCACGAGACUCAGCCGACACGCUCCGGCUGGAGCUGGAUGGGAGUCGCGUGAAACUCACGGUCAACCUAGACUGUAUCAGGAUAAACUGUAACUCCAGCAAGGGACCGGAGACCCUGUAUGCUGGGCAAAAGCUCAAUGAUAAUGAAUGGCAUACAGUGCGUGUGGUGCGUCGUGGCAAAUCCUACAAGCUAACGGUUGACGAUGAUGUAGCAGAAGGCCAAAUGGUGGGUGACCACACACGACUGGAGUUCCACAACAUUGAAACAGGCAUCAUGACUGAGCGCCGAUUUGUUUCCAGCAUCCCGUCCAGCUUCAUUGGUCAUCUUCAGAGCCUUAGAUUUAACGGCAUGCUUUACAUUGACCUGUGCAAGAACGGUGAUAUUGAUUAUUGUGAGCUCAACGCCCGCUUUGGGAUUCGCUCCAUUAUCGCCGACCCUGUCACCUUCAAAUCCAAGAGCAGCUAUCUGAGCUUGGCCACCCUGCAGGCCUACACAUCCAUGCACCUUUUCUUCCAGUUCAAGACCACCUCCCCAGAUGGCUUCAUACUCUUCAACUCUGGAGAUGGCAAUGAUUUCAUCGCUGUAGAACUGGUUAAAGGAUACAUCCACUAUGUUUUUGACCUUGGAAAUGGGCCAAACCUUAUCAAGGGCAAAAGUGAAAAGGCGCUAAAUGACAACCAAUGGCACAAUGUGGCCAUUACUCGUGACAACAGCAACACGCACACCCUGAAAGUAGAUGCUACAGUCACUAGUCAGAGUAUCAAUGGGGCCAAGAACCUGGACCUUAAAGGUGAUCUGUUCAUCGCAGGCCUGGGUCCAGGCAUGUAUGGCAGCCUCCCUAAACUGGUGGCUUCCAGAGAAGGCUUCCAGGGCUGCUUGGCGUCUGUGGACCUCAAUGGUCGUCUGCCGGAUCUCCUCAACGAUGCCUUGUUUCGCAGCGGGCAGAUUGAACGUGGAUGUGAAGGUCCCAGCACCACCUGUCAGGAGGACUCCUGUGCCAACAUGGGCAUUUGUAUCCAGCAGUGGGAGAACUACACCUGUGACUGCUCCAUGACCUCCUAUACUGGCACACAGUGCAAUGACCCUGGUACUACGUACAUCUUUGGAAAAGGAGGAGGCCUCAUUACAUUCAACUGGCCAGCUAACGAGAGGCCAAGCACCAGGACGGACAGACUGACCGUUGGCUUCAGCACGUCCCUGAAAGAUGGCAUCCUGGUCAGAAUUGACAGUGCACCAGGCCUGGGGGACUACCUCAUGCUGCACAUACAACAAGGCAAAAUUGGAGUCACGUUCAACAUUGGCACGGUGGAUAUCGGUGUGGAGGAAAGUAGUACCCCAGUGAAUGAUGGGAAGUAUCAUGUUGUCCGUUUCACCAGGAAUGGUGGCAAUGCUACACUGCAGGUGGAUAACUGGUCGAUCAAUGAGCAUUUCCCAACAGGGAACAGCGACAUUGAACGCUAUCAAAUGGCCAAUAAGAAAAUUCCUUUCAAAUAUGCCAGACCUGUAGAAGAAUGGCUACAAGAGAAAGGACGGCAGCUAACCAUUUUCAACACUCAAGCUACAGUUGCAAUCGGAGGUAGCGAUCGUGGCCGACCAUUUCAGGGUCAGCUGUCAGGCCUUUACUACAACGGCCUUAAGGUGUUGAACAUGGCUGCUGAAGGCAACCCCAACAUCAAGAUUAAUGGCAGUGUGAGGUUGGUAGGGGAUGUGCCCAGUGUGGCAGGUUCAGCCAGAACGACGGCAAUGCCUCCAGAGAUGUCAACCACCUUCAGUGAGACUACUACCAUGAUGUCCACCACGACCACAAGGAAACACAGAUCCUCUUCUACCGUACAGCAUACACCAGAUGAAAUUGUGUCAUCAGCAGAGUGUUCGAGUGAUGACGAAGAUCUGGAGGAGUGUGAAACUAGCCAUGCAGGUGGGCUAGCACUCCCCACAGAGCCAGGCGUCAGGCGAGACCCAGGGCCCUCGGAAGUGGUCCGUGAAUCUAGCAGCACCACCGGGAUGGUCAUCGGAAUAGUGGCGGCCGCUGCCCUGUGCAUCCUCAUCCUUCUGUAUGCCAUGUAUAAGUACAGAAACAGGGAUGAAGGCUCCUACCAGGUGGACGAGAGCAGAAACUACAUAACCAACUCAGCUGUGCAGAGCAAUGGAGCUGUCAUGAAGGACAAACAGCAGAGCUUGAAAGGCAGCAACAAGAGACAGAAAAAUAAGGAUAAGGAGUAUUAUGUGUGACUGUGAGACUUUCGUGAACACGAGAGAGCGAAGAAAGAAAGCACUAAGAGAACACUUACUUAUCAGUUUCCUUAUGAGGAGCUAUGACAAAUGAUGGUAUAACAUGGAACUUGAAUAAUCCUAUACUGUGCUGAGUAGUUGGACUGAUAUGUACUGUAACAUAAAGCACACUUACUAUUAAGCAAAAGCUUAAUGACAAGGUUAAAUAGCAACUUUAGAGACCAUACUCUUCUAUCUGGUCAGAGACGUUAUCAGUAUAGAAAUAUUUCACAGCAUCAUUCUCCUAAGUGACUUUUAGAGCUAUGUGAUCCUUGGCAUUAAACAAUUUUUUGUGAAAUUGUUAAUUACAAAAGGCUCAUAAUCUUAUACAUUUUCAGCAUGUAAGCAACAUGUAGUGCUUAACAAGAGGGGGUCAGGCACACAAUCACUGUAAAAGUCAAAAGGACUCUUGUAUCAAAAUACUACAAAUUUUUAUGGUUUAUAAAUAAUAUAAGUGUGGUGUCUUACUUAUUUUUGCUUUAAGCAAAAGAAAAAAAGACAAAAAGAAGAGCAAGAAAAGAAAAUUGUUUCUGUGUAUAAAAUCCAACUAAGUGAGCAAACUGCUGAGGGCAGAUCUCAUACCUCUGUUUGCUCUGGCAUCUAAUUCACCACAAUUAUUCUCAUUGUCUGACAGACACAGUGACUUUUGUGGAAAGAAUUCGCUGGUUGUCUUGGUAAGAAGCGAAUGAUUGUAAAAUGCAUGCCAUCCUGAUUCUACAGUAAAGUACAGUAUAGUAAAAGUCCAGUAUACAGUGUUCAACUCGGACCAUGUUCUCUUUAAUGCAAAAACAGGUCUUCAUUGUCAAAUCAGGACUUCCCCUCUUUCUGAACCCCUCAAAAAUGUUGACCAUGGAAAAAAAAAAUAUCUAACUUCUAAAGAAAAAGGUCUAUUAAGUGAUGCAUAGCCAGUGGUGGUUUUAUCUUUUUUGCAAAACUGUAUGUUGGUUCAUUGCCUAUCAUUCUCUUUUUCUAUGGAGGUGUCAGGAAGACGACAAAUGCAGUACUACAACACUGUUAACAAAUGUGUAUACAAAAAUAAAUCAAAUGUUGAAAGUGUGAAUUCUAUCUGCCGUCACAGUAAACUGUGUCAAAAAAUAAGAAAUUUGUUUACAUAUUUUAUUACAUGCUAUCUGUUGUACUUUGUAGGUAGUAAAUUGUACAUAUACCAUGACAGUUGUAAUUUUUAGUACCUCUAUUGUACAGACUGAAAAUAUGGUUUAUCAGCAGAUUUCAUGACAAAGUCUAUUAACUGUUAAUUUACAUGGAGAAAGACUUUAACCAGAAUGUGGAGAAUCAUAUUGAUAUUCAUAAAGAAUAAAAAUGUAUUGUUAGCCUAGAAAUCUAAACAGAGAUGUUUCUAAAGUUGCAUGAAUAUUUAACUACUUGCAGUUGUCCAACAAAUACAAGGUGCCCUUUCUUCUACACCAUGGCUUUCUUCUUCUGGGUUGAACUAGUGUUAUUUUAUUUUAUUUUUUUAAGAGAGUAUAAAGUCAGUGUAAUGAAAGAAAAACAAAGAUUCUAUAGUGGGUGGGUGGUGGGGUUACAGUUCAUAGAGCUCAAAGUAUGUUUUAAAGUGGGACUGGUCACCUAAAAUCAUCAUCUCCUCACCACUAGUUAACAUCUUCUUUUGACAGUACUUUACUGUCUGUUUCUGUUCCCAUUAUCUGCCAUUGUCAUUAAAGAUGUGGAGGUGCAGGCUCUUUCUUAGGAAUCACACUUUUGUGUUAUAAUGGUUACUUUUCAUAACCCUUUUUCAUCAGUUUGAUAACAAAUAAAAACUUUCUUUUUUUCUCUGAAA